ACAGAGAGAUGCAACACUAAUAUUUAUCGGUAGCCAAGCGGCAAGCUGCCAACCUGCUGUAACAUAGUUAGAUAGAUUUAAUUCAAAUUGCACCUAUAGCAGACAAAAGAUAAAAUAAUCCAUAUAGCUAAGUAAUCAGUUAUGUUGCUGCCGUCGGACGUGGCGAGGCUUGUUUUAGGAUACCUUCAGCAAGAAGGACUGUGUGCCACUGUUCAGGCGUUCGUCCUGGAGAGCCCGAAUUUGAAGGAGUACUCGAGUCACAGCCGAAUCCAUGGGCCAACUUCUACGUGCGUGUUUUCCUUGUAUGGAAAAAAUCUAUCAACAAUUCUGACCGAAUAUGUCGCAAAAAAGGCUACAGAAUCAUGCCAAGAGAUUGAAGUACCAGCCAGGAAGAUAUCACUAUGGGAAAAGUUAGAUGUCACACUCAACCAAAUAAAGUGUCUGCAGAGCUUUCUGACUCUUCGUGAGGACCAGAGAUGCUGUAAAAAGGCUGCGUCCGGAAAGGAGGCGGAGUCCAGGACAUCAAAGAUGAGGAAUAUGGCCGAGCCCAAAAGCAGCAAACGCAGGAAAAUGGCGCACCCCAUCCCACGAGCUUCCAGGCUGGCUGAGCCCCUUACCCCUUCGUUUCCCUUUAGUGUUUCUGGACUGGAGACCCAGUCAGGCCCGCACCCAAAGGCUCAGUCGCCCGUGGGGAGUAUUGCAUCCAAUGGUGGGGGGCAAAUGAGCCCGCCUCCGUGCGUUAGAGACGCCCGCCCCGUGCCAGCAGGGGGUGGUGCACCAGGCCCUUUGCCUCUAGAAACUGGAACUCACCCAGAUCCCAAUGAGCCACGAGAUUCCGAAUAUUCCGCUGAGAUUCCCAGGAAUCCGGCCCCGGCCCUCUACCAGUCGGGUGUCCAGGAGGGCCUGCGUAUCCCAGAAGGCCGCGGUGGACAGAACCACCGGCUCUCUGCGCGCUCCACGUCCGGCUCUGAGACUGACCCGAACGGGCCUCCCGCUGGGGGUGGCGAUCCGGGGGCGUCGGGUAAAAGCGGGGCUCCACGGGAGGACGGGGGACAGUCGCGUUGCCAAGCGGCCGUUUCUCCCUCCGAAAACACUUCGGGAACCGGGGGAACCCGAUCGCACUCUACUUCCUCUGCCACGUCGGGUCAGCCUGCAUCGGGGUGCCCCCUGCCCCCCAUCAAAAACACUCGGCCCUGUGGAAGAGAGGCCCCGCCCGCCACGGAGGGGUGCCCGCCCAUUGCACCCGACGCCACGUCCCCGACAAGCGUCACCUCGACAGCCUCGCCCGCGCCCCCGCCCCCCCGCUCGGCCUCUCGGGCUAACCCCCCCGGUGUAAAGCCUGAGCCCUGUAAAACUGUCACCGGUAGUGACACGGACGAUGGGAGGAGUGCCUCGUAUCAGAUUGUGAGCACCAUUCCAAGCACAGAGGCCUUCGGCACUGCAGAACACAGCGUGCUACCUGGAGACGGCCACCAGGGGGCGACUGGAACAACGGUUACUGCCUCAACACUCCAGGUAUCGCCUGUUCAGCCCACAUUGCAAAGCAUCAUGGACCAGAAAAACGUGGAGGAGUUCACGGUGGUCCCCAGUCAGAUAUUAGUGUCGCCAGCUCCUUCCGUACAAAGCCCGGUGAAGCCGAAUCCCAGAACAGAGGCUUCUCAAAAGCAAGGGACACACAACGGCACAGCGGUGGCACGCUCUCCAGAUUCGGCCACGGAGCGGGGACCUGCGGCGACCCCUCGGUCGGGGAUCCCCUCCGGCCCUGGGCCCCAGAGCCCCAGGAGGAUGCUGUGCUUCCAAGUGUCCGGCAGGAACGGAAAAACCCCAAAACUCAGCCUGAUUGGUCAGUGUGCCAGCGGGCCCACCUUCUGGUGGAUUAAACCUCCAGUUUCGGAAGGCACUGGAGCAGUGGGAACCUCGGGGGCCCAUGUCCGCCCUCCAGAACGUCUUCCCUCGGUUUGCCCCCAACAACCUUCUGAGGAGAGCAGCGUCCUCUUCAGGCAGGUGGCAGAAGUACUGCGGAACAUUCAGGAACAGAGUCCCAGCCCGAGCCCAUCCAAGGCUCCGCCCCCUCCCAGUAGCCCCGCCCAGGGGCGUGACCCGGAGAGAGAGUCCGCAUCGCAGCACCUCCUGCGAGACUCCGCCUCCCCGGGCGGCCCCGCCCCCCGCUGCAGCCCAGCCGCCGACGCGGCCGCCCGCGCUCUGAUGGUCCUCUCCCGUUCCGUCGUGGCCCGGACCGAUACCCCGCCGAAACGCAGUGACCAGCAGGGGGCGCCCCACGCCGGUCCAGGGAGGAGGCGCCUGCAGCGCCAGCUGCUUCCUGGCCCCGCCUCCGCGAAAGAGCUGCAGCUCUCGACCAAUGGGACGAGGGUCAAGCGACAGAAGAUACUACUGGAAUGCUUCCCUGACGACGUCGAUGUGGACAAGUUCCUGUCUUGCCUGCAUUACGACGAAUAAGGCGAGCGGUAUUUAGGGCUCUGCUUCCGAUUGGGUAACGGCAUUGCCCUGGACACCCUUUCUCCUCCUCUACCAUCCUAUCCCAGCGAGCUAUACUGGACUCAAGGAACCAAAGGCAGGGGUUGUGUUCCAGAACCAACACUUGCAUUCUCCCUGGAGCACUCAAACAAUAGGGGUGUUUGUCAGUGACAUAUCAAGUACAGUUCCAGAACUCAGGUGUGCACAUGAAUUCCUCAGAUAGUCAGAAGACAAGUCCAAAACUAUGAUUGGUUAAAAUCACCAAGGCAUUGAUA